AUGCGCUCUAGAACUGGCUGCUUGACAUGCCGGACUCGAAAGCUCAAAUGUACCCCAUCCCUGCGCGCCCUGACCGUCCCCCCGGCUAACUGGCUUGCAGGCGACGAACAAAAACCCAAAUGCUCCCAAUGUCGCAAGGGUGGUCGAGAUUGCCGACCCAGCGAAGGUAUCGUCUUUCGCCAUCAGCAGAACGCGUCUAUGAACAAUGAGCCCGGAGGGUCGCCCGAAGGCCGUGGCAAUCUUCAAGGGUUCUAUUCGUACAAGAAUACCUUCGAUAAAGAUAGUAUUUGGCUGGAUAUUCCGAAGCACGUCGUCUUCGUCGAUAACUCUGACCCGUACGCCGAUGACCUCGAAACCUCGCUAGCCGAAUCUAGUGCCAUGGCCUUGGCCGAGUCGCGCAACCAACGAUGGGGUAGUGGGUCGAGGACAAGUGAUGCAGAACAACAUGGCCUGGAGGCUUUAUCCGCGGUCGCAAGUCAUGAUCGCUUUGUAUAUUCUCCCCUAGACCAUCCCUCCGUCUCCGACAGCCUCUCCUACCCUUCCCCAUCUCGAUCACGAGGCAGCGCGAUGCCCCCUCCGUCGCCGUCCAUGUCCUUGUCGGUCAGCAGUAAUAAUACCAACAUCAACUUCCUCCUCAACCCCUCUCACUCUAUGUCUCCGUCGAUCGACUCCGCAACCCUCCACCCCGAUCAGAGAAGUGCUCCCCUGCCAUCAAGAUCUGUUGCAUCUCGAGUACUCGAACACCGAGUAGAAAGCAAUUUUGAAACUGAUUUCGAGGUGGCUUUCCUCUUGCGUCAUUAUUCAGAAGGGCCAGGCCUUUGGAUGGAUUUGUUUGACUUAGGAACGUACUUCGCAUCCUAUGUCCCAGUGCGGGCAAUAUCGAACCCGCUUCUCAAAUAUGCUGCCUGCGCAUAUGCCGCAAAACAACUAGGUCGUGUCAAGGGUUCCAAAGCGAAGAUGGGCGGGGUCUGCUUGCGACAAGCUGGUAUGGAGGUAUGGCCGGGCAACAAUGAUGAUUUUAUCUGGCACGGAGCCAAAUAUUAUGAAAAGGCCAUCCAACUGCUCAUGAAAGAGCUCCAGCCUGAUGCGGAGGGUCCGCCACCAUUGAGCACACCGGAGGCUUUUGGGCAAUGGCAGGCUUCCGAACUGUGCGAAGACACACAUCAUUCUCGUAAACGUCGCAGGCGAGUGUCGAAUAGUCGGCUGUCGCGUGGCGUUCAUUCCGAUGAGGUGCUGGCAGCGACGGCCAUCUUGUCGGUAUAUGAAUUCCUGGAUGCGACGGGCCCGGCGUGGAAUCGACACUUGAGCGGCGUAAAAUCAUUGCUUGAUGUAGCCGAGGUGGGGAUUAUGCCUCUGGAGUCACGUUCAUCGGAUGGAGACAGUCCAUAUCAGACAAUGAGGAAGUCAGCCCUCUCGAAGGCUCGAAAGGCGGCAUUUUGGAAUUUUGCGCGACAGGACUAUCUGGCUGCAUUCAUCAACGAGUGCCAUACAAGGCUGAAUACCGAAGACCUUGUACUUUGGACCGACGCAGGUCUGCGGCUAGACCACAUGGGAUUCGUGCGCCCGAGCAAUACGGCAGUCACAGGGUAUGCCGACGGGGACGAUUUCAUGAAAGAGGAUCUUAUCUGCAAUGCCCUGGUAUGGAUCCUGUCAAAGAUUGUCAAUUUCAUUAGUUCUGGGGACAAUCUCGGACUGAACGACAACAACUCUGUCGAUAGUGGACCUCUAGGGGUUUCCCAACAGGCCCUGCUUGAGCGGUGGUACCGGCUUGAAGCCGAACUGGAUGCUUGGUACAGGGGCCUGCCAGAUACCUUUGGAGCGUCCGCCAGGGUCGGACCCUCCCAACUAUCGCAUUGUUACUCACCCGAGGAAAUUAAGGAUCUCGCCAGUCUGCAGGAAGUGUGGUACAGUAUUCCCAUGUGCGCCUCGGCCAUGCAACAUUACCACAUGGCGCGUAUCCUGCUGUUGAUCAAUAAACCGCAUGAAUCUACUAGUCGGCGAAGCACGAUCACUCUGCGACUCCAGUCGUAUCGAUCUAUCGAAGCUGAAAUCGGCUUUCACAGUCGAGAGAUUGUGGGUAUUGGCCUUUCCCGCCCAGAGGGCAGUGUACGCAUCAACUCGCUGCAGCCUCUGUUCGUUAGCGGCCAGUGUUUGACGGACCCGCGCGAACGUCGAGUCAAUAUUCGGUUACUCCGAGCCAUCGAGGCGGACUUGGGCUGGGCUACCGAGUACCGAGUCCAGCAGCUACUCAAAGAAUGGAGCUGGGACGAGAGCUUCCUCCAGCCGGCGGGGACCUGA